CUUUGUCGUCGACGACGACAACGACGAGGCCGACGAGCCGACCGACGACUCGGACGGCGGCCUCAACACUCGCGUCGUCCGCGAGGUCAAGAAGGUGCCUGCGCCCAAGGUCAACGCCGCAACCUCGAGGCUCCUCCCCGAGACGCUCGACUUCCUCGCCAAGCUCGCCCAGCACAACGACCGCGACUGGUUCGGCACGCACGACGCCCUGUACCGCCACGCGCUCCUCAACUUCCAGACGUUCCUCGCGGCGUGGGUCCCCGUCGCGAGCGAGGCCGACUGGAGCCUGCCGCACCUGCCCGUCAAGGACCUCGUGCACCGCAUCUACCGCGACGUGCGCUUCUCCAAGGACAAGACGCCGUACAAGCGCUACAUGUGCGCCUCACACUCGCGCACGGGGCGCAAGGGCCCGUUCGCGCUGUACUACGUCCACGUGCAGCCGGGCGGCAAGUCGUUCCUCGGCGUCGGCUGCUGGUCGCCGUCGACCGACGUCCUCAAGCUCAUUCGGGCCCAGAUCCUGAGCAACCCCAAGCCGCUGCGCAAGAUCCUCGCUAAGGAGGCGUUCGUCGAGCUGUUCGGCGAGCCCAAGCCGCGCAUGGACGGCAAGCGCUCGAGCAUCUAUGGCGGCGAGGACCAGCUCAAGAACGCGCCCAAGAUCGAGGGCGUCGACAAGACGCACAAGGACAUCGACCUGCUCAAGUGCCGCUCGUUCGCCGUCGAGACGCACUUCUCCGACGACGUCGUCACGUCGCCCGACUUUCUCGACAAGCUCAAGCACGCCAUGUCGGUCGCGUCCGAGUUUGCGCAGUACCUGAACGAGAUCAUCUCGCCGACGCCGGCGAGCGAGAACGACGACGACGACGGCGAGGACGACGAGGAGGAGCAGGAGGAGGGCGAGGGAGAAGAAGCCGAGGAGGAAGAAGAAGGGAGCGGCGACGAGGAGUGAGCGGGCGAUGGCGCUCGAGCUGAGGGCGGUGGCGCUUGCGAACGAGACGACGUUACACGGUG